AUGUCUAACGAUGCCACGUUUGGCGCAUUUGGUACCAUCGACCCUCUCGAUUUAGACGACCUAGACGACCGCAGCCCUAGUCCUUCGCUUCGCUAUCGUCCUCCAUCAAUUCCCAUGUCCCAUUUGCUCCGUUGCCACGCAGAGAGUCAUUCGGAGAGGAGUGGGACUCCCAAGAAGGAGUAUUCAAUGGGAAGACCACAGUCGGUCACGCCCCCUAUCACCCACGAUUCACUUGCUAAUCAUAUAUGCGAGCUUUCUAUCCGCGAGAACGACAUGAUGUCUGGGCAGUUUCUUCGGGGGCGUUCUAACUCCCCUCGACAAUCGGUCAAGUCUGGAAGCCGAUCACGUAAAUCUCCAAAUCUUCUAGAAAGAAGUCUAAAUCUCCUGCCAGUCGUCCGAGAGUAA